GCCGGGAGUUGUAGUUCGGGUAUGUGGAUUCAUGCUUGGCUUCGUUUCCCACUGAUUCAUAGUGUUGAGGAAGAAGAAAGUCGCUUCUUGUAGUAGAACAAUUUGAUAUUUUAUUAUAAAGGUGAGUAAUGAGCAUCUGGUAUACUUUUCUGAAGGUCCCAUGUUACUUUGUUAAGGUUAGUGGCUUGUUUUAGAUACAUGGAGGGACUAUAUUAUUUGAAUACAUGCAGAUUUAGUCGUGUUUUUGUGAUUUAUUUAUUUUUUCUCACUUUCAUUAAUGGGAGAACUGAUUUCAGAUAGUAAUUGUCUGCAUGUUGUGUUCCUAAACAAACUGUGUUUUACAUGUAGACUCUUAUUUGGCAAUGGAGGCUCCCCCAGUCACCACCAUGCCUGUGUCCGGAGGGACGAUCAAUAUGAUGGAGUAUUUACUGCAAGGUAAGAUCAGUAUAACUUACAGACAUAACCACAGAUAAACUGUGCUCUGUUGAUCAAUAACAUUGCUUAUUUUGCAAUAUGUACAUUUAGCAACAAAUCAUAUCGUUUUAUACUCCGUGCAUCCAUACAGAUUUUAUACUGCAGUGUUUCAUUAUAGGACCAUUAAAAGAACCCAAGCCACUAUCAUCUCAAUGAACUGGCCUUGGUGCAGUGGUCCUUUUUGUUUGCACCCUGCAAUGUAACACACUGCUGUUUAAUGGAAACGGCAAUGCUUACAUUGCAGAAUUAAAUACACCUCUGGUAGCUGUCUUAUUUUGAUAGCCACUAGAGCCACCUCUGCUGUGAGAAUGGAGUCAAACUCUGUCCUGCUGAUGCAACUAGUGAGGCUCCUAAGCACCAUAACUACCAUGCUCAUUAUAGUGGCUAUGGUGCUGUGUCUACGCUGGUGCUGAUAACCAUUUGUUUUAAAGCAUUUUACAAUAUUUGGGACUCUUUUUUGUUACUUUUUUUUGUGUUUCAAACACAAAAAAGGGUUCAAUGUACAGUCAUGUAUUGUAGCAUACAUUAUGAGUGUACAUAAACAUAGCCGAACAAAGUAGAACACAGAAAAGUGGGUACUCUGAGUUUGACAGCUGUAGCAAUUAUCAGUUCAAAAUAAACCCUAGUCCAUAUAAUACAUGUUGCUAUCUUCUGUUACUACCAAUACAAUUAAAUAGAAGGCAAUGUUCCACAUCUUAAAAUGGGCCAUAUAUUUCUCCCUGUAGAAGUAAGCACAGGAUCCCAUAUUUUACGAAAUAUUGCUAAUGUGCUAUGUACUGUGUAAGACACGUACUCCAUUUAACAGUUGUACCAGAUAAUAUUUUUAAUGUGUGCUAACGUUGGAAGGGUAUCAUUUUACAAUUUCUAGCUAUAAAGGUCAUAAGUGCUUAGAAGAAAAAAAAGUAGAGGAUAAUUUUUGGUGUGACCGUAAAAUUAGAUUUGGGAACAUGCUUAAGAGAGCCACUUUCAAAGUUAAAGGAAUAAGAAUUGAGAGAAAGGCUUUAAUAAAAUCAAAACGUUCUCUCUAAAUUAGGACUAUACAAGGUCAUAACCACCAAAUGUGGGAUAGAGAUCUCGCUCCACUACACUUGUGCGAGCAUGCUGAAGAAUCACAGGAUACACACAUGGCUCAAACAGACCGGUGUUAAAUACCAACAAAAUAAUAUUUUGUAAAUUUGUUCUACAUGAUUUGUACAAAAGAAAUGUUACUAUAAAUUACAGAAUACUAUUCCAAUCUUCAUCAGAAAAUUAUUUAACCAAUUUUGUCCCCACCUAAGACUACAAUGUUUUGGGAGGUGUUUGUUUUUCUGCUUUUCCUUUUUUUUUCUCUUCCAGGAAGCCUUUAACCAUACUAAAACUUCACAAUUGCUGAAAUUAGCCUUAAAGUUUUAUUGUUUUUUUUUUUUAAAUUUUGUUGUUGUACACUUAUGUAAUUUGUUUAUGUAUUUUUAGGUAGUAUUCUUGAUCAGGGUCUAGAAAGCCUUCUUCACCGAUUACGUGGCUUAUGUGAUAACAUGGAGCCAGAAACCUUCUCUGACCAUGAAAGUGUGUACCUCCUCAAGGGCCAACAGGCCAGCCCAUUUGUUCUACGUGCACGUCGACCUCUUGACCGUCCAGGGGCUCCAUGGCAUCUCCGCUACUUAGGACAACCUGAAGCAGGAGAUCGAAGUCGUCAUGCCCUUGUUCGGAAUUGUGUUGAUAUUGCCACCUCUGAUGUUCUUCCAGAAUUCCUUCAGGAGAUGGGUUUUCGGAUGGACCAUGAGUUUGUGGCAAGGGGCCACUUGUUUCGGAAAGGGGUUAUAAAGAUUGCAGUCUACAAAGUUUUCCGUGUACUAGUGGCAGGAGCAGCAGAAGGAGCCGAACCAUUAUCUCUCUCUUACCUGGUUGAGCUUAGUGCUGUGGCACCAGCUGGACAGGACACAAUAGCAGAUGAAGUUAGGAGUUUUGCAGAGCAGCUCAGGCCUCUCGUGCAACUUGAGAAGAUUGACCCUAAACGCUUAAUGUGAAGAGGACAGUAUAAGAGUGUACAGGACGCUGCCAUUGAGUUGAAAAGACUACAUUGUAGCUUAUUUUGUAUCCAGUGGCAGGGUUAAACUGACAAGCAGGAAAGAGGUCAUAAUGCCUAACUUUUCCACUGUCUGUAUCUGUGUCACAGGUGGGUUUUCAAGUCAGCACUCAAUGAAGAACCUUAUCAGAUAAUAGGCAAGUGCCAUUUUUCUCUGGACAUUUGUAUUAAAUACACAUUUUAAUAAUA